AUGGCGCAGUCUCGGGCUAAGGAGGCGUCCCUAGAGAACGUCGGCACCAUCAACAUCUCUACUACCGCUAUCCGCCGUAUGGAUGACUCUGCUCCCGCCAUUGCAGGCUGCAAUACGACCCGGGAUAUCAUCAUUGCCUUCUACCGAGAUCGUGACAACAAAUUUGGGUUUGCCAACUCGACCCAGGUCGCUCUAGGCCUCCGCUUUAUCCGCAACUCCCUUGUUCUCCUUGCGGUUAACCAUACCGGUAAAUACGGCAGUGUCCUACUGUCCCUAUCUCCCCCGGAUCUGUCCACCCCCUAUAUGGAGCCCAAUAAUCUCUUUGACCUCCGUGCGCUAUGUCUCGAAGCCUACCUCACCGCUACUCCUUACAUCCGCCCCGCCGUCCCGCCUGAGCUUACGAGCUCGCGGCCUGGUCCCGCUAGUCUAACCUCCACUCUUACCCCUAGCUAUAACCUCCUCAAGCUAUACCCCUCGGACCUUCCUAACGAUGCUGACGAGGAGCCGCUUACUAGCUCUAUGGAUACCGUCCCUUCGGAGCCUGAGUACCGAGACCUAGUUGUUGGACUCACCACCCAGCUCCUUAAGCCUACCACCGCUCGGUUGAACCGCGCGCCUCUUACGCUCACUGACGUCCACGAGCUCUACCGCCACCUCUGUAGCCCCGAGUUCUUCAACAAUUCGACCGCGAUCUCGUCGAGCUCGGCGUUAGUCGCUCUCUCUGUCCCCGAUGUAUCUCUCGGCCCCUCUACUGGCCAUGCCGAUGAGACUGCCGACGAUAAGCCAAUUCCACUGGCUGACCUAGCCGCGCUCACUUGCGCCCGGGAUGUGUCCCUCGAUCGUCUCACGUAUCCCUUUGAUCUCGUAACCCGCUAUACGCAAAUUCUAGUUAAUAGCGACGGGCAGCCGGAGGCCAGCCCGCUCCACGGCGGGAUCCUCGCUGACGUAUGUGGCCUCGGGAAGACCCUAACCGCACUCACGCUUAUCUACCAGGCGGCCCUCGUCCAACCCCGGCCCCCAUACCGGCCUACCCUGAUCCUAGUGCCCUCGGCCCUGAUUGAUACAUGGCUCCUGGAGAUCGAGCGCCACUUUGGGGACGCCCUGAUAGUCCGGCUCUUCUACAGUGCCAAAACCCGUACUGGCGAUUCCGAGCGUAAGCUGAUGCUGCUCGAGUCACUCGGCGAGGCCACGCGUACCACCACCGAGAUCGACGAGAAUGGCGCGCCGACGUACCGCGCCCGGAAGGCCACGCGGAAGGAGACCGACCCUAUGGCCCUUGAUCUUACUACCGCCGAAGCCGACGUAGAUGAGGAUAUACCCGACCCCGACGACGUCGUGACCCCGUCGGUCUCGGACGAGCCAGGUUCCCCCAGUAGCGUACACACCCCGCCUACCGAUAGCGUCGGCACCCCUUAUCCCCCGGGCGUCAACGCCGCCCCCCGCCGGUUCCGCUCCGACCUCACUGCCUCUUUCCACCGCGUGAUCUGCGAUAAGGGCCACCGCCUGAAGACCAUCUCCUUACGCCAGCACCAGUCGAACCGGGCGUUGGACUACUGCGGCUACCUGGCGUUGCUGUGGAAGGCGGAGUUUACCAUCCCGGCUGAUAGCCCGCAAAAGUUCCCUCCUAGUGUCACGCCCUCCCCGGCUGCCGCGAGCGACCCCCUGGAGCCCCUGACCCGUAAGGCCGGUAACCAGAUGAUUGGGCCCCACGGUACUACGAUCGUCAUCGGCGACGACAUCCCGCGCCUUCACAUCUCGACCGUCGAGCUUCGGUACACCCGGUACACCCAGGAUAUCCAUAACCGUGUGUUUAACAUCCUCAGUGAAAGCCUUUACAGGCCCCCCAGCGAUACUCCUGCCGCGGCCUCCGCCGCAUCAGCGGAUAGCCCUACUACCAUGAACUAG